GUGCUGUGGGUUUUGACUCCAGAAAGGAAUAUGUAGUAUUUGCUACUAGCUUUAGAGUGUCGUCGUACUGAUUUUAGAAGUCAACGGUUUGAUACCGCUCUCCCAGUUUACUAGUUUCUGAAUUUGUACAUACAUUUCAUAUGGUCUGUUGCAAGGAGUUUAACACAGAUUGGUUUGGAUCUUCAGUUGCUAUUUACCGUGGAGGAUGAACCUUGCCCUGGUGCUACUGCUGCAGUGACUUUAUGUACUGUACACCAUCUUCAGGAUCCGCGGACAAUAUCGUGGACAUCUGGGUUUAUGUACUUCUGCUGUGCUCUCCAUUUGCUUAACUGAUGGUAUGAAUACUGGAGUGGGGAAUCAGAAACUGAAGAGAUGAUCUUUUCAAACCAGCUUCUGCACGGGAUAGUAGGGAUUUCAGAUGGACAUCAGGGCCUAGCAUAGAACAACAAGGGAACUUCCAACUUGCAGAUCAUAGUUUACUAUGGAGAAAAAGGAGGAGAAAAAAGAAAGGCAACAGGGUUACUUUUCAAGGUUGAAGAGGAAAAAAGCCAAACAAAACAGUGAGGGAACUGCAACAGAUGCUGACAAAGAUCUUUCACUCAAAGGAAAAAACUCAGAUCAGAAUGAUUCCAAAAAAGAAGAAGAAAAAUCUGUGGAAACAGAUAACACCAAAGCUUCAAGUAGCCUCCAAAGCUCUGUGGUGCAUAAAGAAAAUGCUUCUAACAAAGAGGAGGAAAAAAAGAAGACUGCAGGGAAAAAAGAUCACAAGCGCCCAGGGCAGAAAAGAUUCAGAACUGGGCAAGGCAUGAACUUACAACAUACAUCCCAGUCCUCUGACCACCUAGCUGGAGAUGCAACUUGCAUAAAAAAUGAGAAUCGAUCUAUCAAUUUCAGUGGUGCAGUGCCACAAAGAGUUCAGAGCAGAAAUAAAGACCAUGAAAAAAAAGAAAAGAAGAUGGUCCACCGGAAGCCUCCAGGGACAAUCGAAUACACGGUGCAGCCUCAAGACAGCCUUAACAGCAUAGCUUUGAAGUUCAACAUAACCUCAAAUAAACUUGCAGAAAUUAACAAGUUGUUUUCCCACACAAUUGUUCCAGGACAGACACUUUAUGUGCCAGAUACCGACUAUAAUCUUAUUACACAUCCAGCAAAUAUGGCUAGUCCCCUCUCUUCUGAUGCAGACUACGAUAAACUCUCUAACUUUGUGUGCCUUAAAGGGCUGUGGAACACCAGAGCCCUACUAGUGGUGAAAGCACAGUAUCUAAUGACUCAUGCACUUACCUACAAUUACUUCAGUCAUAUCGCUCAUAAAUGCAGAUGUUUACAGUUUAUUUUAGAUUAA